GCGGCAUGGCCUGGCUGCGGGCGAGGCAGGGCCCAGGGCGCCGGCUGCUGGCGCUGUCCACGCUGGGGUUUUGCCUGAUGCUGCAAGUCAGUGCCAAGAGGCCCCCGAAGACGCCCCCCUGCCCGCCCAGCUGCUCCUGCACCAGGGACACGGCCUUCUGCGUGGACUCUAAGGCAGUGCCCAGGAAUCUGCCCUCGGAGGUCAUCUCCCUGACCCUGGUGAAUGCCGCCUUCUCCGAGAUUCAGGACGGCGCCUUCUCCCACCUGCCGCUGCUGCAGUUCUUGUUACUCAACUCCAACAAGUUCACGCUGAUUGGAGACAACGCCUUCACAGGACUGUCGCACCUGCAGUACCUCUUCAUUGAAAACAAUGACAUCUGGGCACUCUCCAAGUUUACCUUCAGAGGACUCAAGUCCUUGACACACCUCUCACUGGCCAACAAUAACCUGCAGACACUGCCCAGAGAUAUCUUCCGACCCCUGGACAUCUUGAGUGACUUGGACCUGCGAGGCAACGCGCUCAACUGUGACUGCAAGGUGAAGUGGCUGGUGGAAUGGUUGGCACACACCAACACCACCGUGGCCCCCAUCUACUGCGCCAGCCCACCCCGCUUCCAGGAGCACAAAGUGCAAGACCUGCCCCUGAGGGAAUUUGACUGUGUCACCACAGAUUUUGUGCUGUAUCAGACCCUGUCUUUCCCAGCGGUGUCGGCUGAGCCCUUCCUUUACUCCAGUGACCUCUAUUUGGCUCUGGCCCAGCCUGGUGCCAGUGCCUGCACCAUCCUGAAGUGGGACUAUGUGGAACGGCAGCUUAGAGACUAUGACAGAAUCCCAGCACCUUCGGCCGUGCACUGCAAGCCCAUGGUGGUGGACAGCCAUCUCUAUGUGGUCGUGGCCCAGCUGUUUGGUGGCUCUUACAUUUACCACUGGGACCCCAACACCACACGGUUCACCAAACUACAGGACAUCGACCCGCAGCGUGUGCGCAAGCCCAAUGACCUGGAGGCCUUCCGCAUCGACGGGGACUGGUACUUUGCUGUGGCUGACAGCUCCAAGGCAGGUGCCACCAGCCUCUACCGUUGGCAUCAGAAUGGCUUCUAUUCUCACCAGGCCCUCCACGCUUGGCACCGUGACACGGACCUUGAGUUUGUGGAUGGCGAGGGCAAGCCACGCCUGAUCGUGUCUAGUAGUUCACAGGCGCCUGUCAUCUACCAGUGGAGUCGUGCCCAGAAACAGUUUGUGGUUCAGGGAGAGGUGACCCAGGUACCUGAUGCCCAGGCUGUGAAACACUUCCGAGCCGGCCGCGACAGCUACCUGUGCCUCAGUCGCUAUAUCGGUGACUCCAAGAUCCUGCUGUGGGAGGGCACUCGCUUUUCAGAGGUGCAGGCCCUGCCCUCCCGGGGUUCACUGGCCCUGCAGCCCUUUCUGGUGGGUGGGCACCGCUACCUGGCGUUGGGCAGUGACUUCUCGUUCACCCAGAUCUACCAGUGGGACGAGGGGAGACAGAAGUUUGUCCGGUUCCAGGAGCUGGCUGUGCAGGCCCCUCGGGCCUUCUGCUACAUGCCCGCGGGGGACGCCCAGCUGCUCCUGGCCCCCAGCUUCAAGGGACAAACGCUGGUGUACCGACAUGUCGUGGUGGAUCUCAGUGCCUAGAGGGCACCAUGGCCUCUGGGUUCCUCGGGGUGGCGCUGGAGGCUGGAGAGGGGUCCGGUUGUGAGCAGCAUGUGUCCUCAAGUGAGGUCACAUGUGGCUAACCUGCACCUGUGCUCUUACACACACAAACACACACAGACGGCCACACUGAUGAACUGGGGCUCACAUUGGGGAUCUGCCCAGGGAACGUAAGUAUAAUUCGCACCUGUAAUAUGCACCAGGUGCCCAGAGCCCAGGCUCUCCUGUACGUACCACCUUUAUUCCCCCUUAGCAGUGCACGUGAGUGGCGGGUGGGCUGCAGGGUGGGGCGCUUAAUCUUCUGCCCUCUGGCCUUCCAUACAGGUGCUUCCGGUGUUCGUGGGCCUGUCUAGCCUCCACAGUUGCACCCACAACCCUCUCCCCAGGUGGCCCCCUUCUGCAUGCACAUGUGGAUGCCGGCGGACACACUCAAUUACACACUCGCGCACACCUAGCCACACUCCCAUUUCUCCAUACGCACGUGGCCAGGAGCGCGCGCACGUGCAGACUAGCCGCUGCGCAGAUGGGCUCCCUCCCGUCUCUCACUAUUGCCUUGCUGCUCUUGUUGGAGGGGCCCACAGCCCAUCUCCUCUGUUCACCCCGAGUGGCUAAUAAUUACUGGGGUGUUGGUGAGCCUCGUGUGGCCUUCCAGGGACAGAACACCUUCACCCCAAGCAAUAAGGGCAGCAGAGGCAAGGGCAAGCGGCUCUUGGCAGUGGCUCCUCCCACUGGAGUUUUCUUUGGUGACUCUGAGUCCCAGCAAGAGACCGCUCCUAUGAAAAGCUUUCCAUAGGUAGCUAUUGCUUUGUCAGGCUCUGGCCAGCCCUUUCUUUGAGAUGUGGGCCCGAGCCACCGAUGUGGGCGCCAGGAAUAGAGUUUGGUUUGGCGCAUCUUGGGAGCGCUGGCACCUCUGCACUCCACAGAGGCACCCUCAACGCCUCUCAGUGGAGGCCGAGCUUGGCAGACGAGGGGCCUGCCUGCGGGGCCUCUGGGAAACCAGACUUCUGCUGCCCUCUGCUGUCCGCCGGGAACAGCAGCUCUUAGAGGCUGAUGGUGGCAGGGAAUGUCCAGGGCGCCCAGCGACACUUGGGGGCAACGCUAUGAUUCACCUGCUUCAAAUAAAAAGUUCCACCCCCCCCCCUUGCCA